AUGGCGAAACUCCCCGUCCUCCGCGCCCCCCACCUCCCACGCACACUAAGCCACUCCCUCGCAGACAACGCCAAGCACCUCGACUCCGCCUACGCCGACCUCGAGCGCCUAGCAGACACGCCCGUAGGCACCGACCCCGCCCGCACAGCCAUCAAAGCGUACAUCGCGCAACGGCGCGCCUACAACGAAGCGCUGAGAGACUUGCCGCUUAAUAACGGCGCACUCGACGCAAGCGCGGCCGCGUGCAUGCGCGCCGUCGUCGACGAAACUGACUACGCGCUGCUGGGCGAGCGCGCCUCCAAGAACGCCGAAGUCGCGCUCCUGAUGUACACGACGCAGCCGCAGACGCAGACACAGAUGCAGACGCAGACACAGACGCCGACGCUGCAAGCAGCGUACGCGCGCACGGUGCUCAAGCCACUGCCAGACAUCUACAACGCCAACGCCUUGGGCAGCGCGCGCACGCGCAAACGCCACUACGGCAGGUUGCUGGACAAGGCGUUUGCGCGCUGCGUCGUCAAGGCGUACGUCCAUGCGCACCCGCGAUACCACAACCCGGCAUAUUGCCCCGUCACCAAGGCUUUUGUCGGCGACAGUCGGGUUGAGGCGGCGCAGCUGGUUCCGUUUGCGCUGGGCGAGGCGAAUGUUGCGGCUUUGUUGGGUGUGGGGUGCGCGGCUGCGGAAGCGCGGUUGUGCGCGCCUGAGAAUGGGCUGCCGCUGUAUCGGGGCUUGGGCAGGAUGUUUGCGGCUGGGAGCGUCGUGUUUGUGCCGGAUUUUGGGGCGGGCGAGGGAAAGGAAAAGGAGAAAGAGAAAGAAGAAGUGGAAGAGAAGGAAGGGGAAGGGGAGAAGCAGCAGCAGCCAAGGGCACUGAAAACCAGAGUCCUAGCCACCUCCCACAAAGACCUCGACCGCUGCAUCCGCUCCUCCUACCCUUACCAAAACGGCAGCACGGUCCGCCUCCGCGACCUGGACAACGCGCCCCUGGCGUUCGUGACCGCCGCCCGCCCCGACGAAACGUUCCUGUACCUGCGCGCUCUGGUGGCGUGGGCGCUGCACAAACGCCGCUGCGCCACCGACGGCGCAAGAGAACGGAGCGACGUUGCAGCGGAGUUGUGGCGCUGGAGCCAGUGCCGCUCGAUUCGCGGGCAGCGCUGGCUGGCCAAACCGACGCUUCUGGCUCUGGCGGCCGAGAUUGGCGAUCUGGACGAAGCGGACCUGGACGAGGUCGUCGACUUCGGAGAGAAUGCCGACUCCCCUACCGAGUCCACGGCGUCCGCAGACUCGGCCCACGCAGAGCAGUUGCUAACCCUAGCAGUCGCGUGGCGACGCCUUGUCGAUGUCUUUCCCGCCGACGACGACUCUUCCGUCGAUGACAGGUACUCGUACGGCACGACGUUGUCGUCGGAGAGCGAGGGCGAGGAAUUUUUUGGCAGCGAGGAAGAGGGGCAUCCUCGUGUUCGUCCUGUGUGGGCUGAUGAGGACAGCGAUUAUGAUUAUUUUGACAGGGGAGAACGGCUCGAUGUCCUGGGGCCGUGGCUCGACUCUGGUGCUUGUGCUGCUGGCGUUGAUGUUGAUGCUGGGGGCGCGGGCUGGGAGGGGUUGGAGGGGGUGGAAGGGGUGGACGCUGGUGCUGGCUAG